CCGGUCAGAUUGCGCGCACAUGGUCCUUCACAGUGAUAUUUUCCGCGUCAACAUGGCGGCAUCCAUCGUAUCCCAGACUGUAGCGAGAGGACUACGUGGAGCAAGCGCCAAGCACUUGUUUCUUGACAAAUUCAAGUGUGCACGGGUGAGUUCCAGGCGAUGGCUGAACCUGCAGGAGUAUCAGAGCAAGAAGCUGAUGCAGGAGAGUGGGGUUACAGUCCAGCGCUUCUACGUGGCUGACAAUGCCCCCGACGCCCUGCAGGCUGCCAAGAGACUCGGUGCCAAGGAGAUAGUCCUGAAGGCCCAGAUUCUGGCUGGGGGACGAGGGAAGGGCGUGUUCGACAGUGGCCUUAAAGGAGGAGUGCACUUAACUAAAGACCCCUCGGUGGUGGGUGAGCUGGCCAAUAGGAUGCUAGGUUACAGCCUGACCACCAAGCAGACUCCAAAGGAGGGAGUGGAAGUAAAAACGGUGAUGGUGGCUGAAGCCCUGGACAUCACCAGGGAAACCUACUUUGCCAUCCUGAUGGACCGGGCCUGCAACGGGCCUGUCAUGGUGGGCAGUCCUAAGGGUGGGAUGGACAUAGAGGAGGUGGCCGACAAAACCCCAGAGCUCAUAUUUAAGGAAGUCAUAGAUAUAUUCGAGGGGGUGCGAGACGACCAGGCGCUCCGCAUGGCAGCUAAUUUGGGUUUCAAAGGACCUCUGGAGAGACAGGCUGCAGAUCAGAUUAUGAGGCUCUAUGAUCUGUUCCUGAAAGUCGACGCCACUCAAGUUGAAGUCAAUCCUCUCGGAGAGACUCCCGAAGGACAAGUGGUGUGCUUUGAUGCCAAGAUCAAUUUUGACGAUAACGCAGAGUUCCGUCAGAAAGCCGUCUUUGCCCUGGACGACAUGUCAGAGAGCGAUCCCACCGAGACGGAGGCAGCCAAAUGGGACCUCAAGUACAUCGGCUUGGAUGGAAACAUCGCCUGCUUUGUGAAUGGGGCUGGUCUGGCUAUGGCCACGUGUGAUAUCAUCGACCUCCAUGGAGGGAAGCCGGCCAACUUCCUGGACCUAGGAGGAGGGGUGAAGGAGAAGCAGGUGUACGAGGCAUUCAAACUGCUCACUGCUGACCCAAAGGUGGAAGCCAUCCUGGUGAACAUCUUCGGGGGCAUCGUCAACUGUGCCAUCAUUGCCAACGGGAUCACCAAGGCUUGCCGUGAGCUGGAGCUCAAAGUUCCCCUGGUUGUCAGGCUGGAAGGGACCAAUGUGCAGGAGGCCAAGAGGAUCCUGUCAGAGAGUGGACUGCCCAUUGUAGCCGCCAACGACCUGGAAGACGCAGCCAAGAAAGCUGUGGCUGCCAUUGCCAAGAAGUAGUGGUCCUCAAGCCUUCCAUAAUCCUGACCUGCCCUCCAUAAUCCUGACCAGCCCUUUCGUUCUGAGCAACCUGUUCCCCCUCCUCAGUCCAUCCAAAACCACAGGGCAGGUACACCAACCCUUCAUCGAUCCUUUCACCUUCCUGUCUUAUCAUGAUUAACUGCAAUAUUUAUGUUGGUGCUCCAUUAGGAAAUGACUUGGCAUCCCGACUCUUUAAUUGUGCAUUCCAUUUUGAUAGGCUGAGAAACCUAACUGUGUUUCUCCAGCUAUAUGAUUACCUAUUCAUAGACUGAAGCAUACAAUGGCAUUAUUGUUUUAUCAAAACAUAUAACACAAAAUGAUAGACAUUGACUUAAUAAACUAAAUGGCAGGUUCCAGACUGCAUUUUCAUAUGCCAUUACCAUCACUGUGAAAUCAUUAGAAAACUAGAACUUUAUUCAGGAAAUGCUCUGUGGUGUGUAGCUAACGUGGUACACCUGGAGAAUUAGAAAUCAGCAUUUGAUGUGUUUUGUUUGUGUUAUCUUUGAGUUGUAGUAGGUGACCUCACGGGUUUGCCUUGGUUGAAGUCCAGUUUAUUGAUGCCUUAAUCAGAGCUCCUUGGUAUGUGAAAUCGCAACACACGGGUCACUCUAAAUCUCAGACUACAUGAUGAGUGUUGAAGGCAUUCCACAUGGAUGUUGACUCCAAUGCUUCCCACAGUUGUGCCAAGUUGACUGGAUGUCCUUUCGCUGGUGAACCAUUCUUGAUACACAUGGGAAACACUGUUUUUUUUUGUUUACAUGAUUCCAUAUGUGUUAUUUCAUAGUUUUGAUGUUAUUCUACAAUGUAGAAAAUAGUCAAAAUAAAGAAAACCUUGAAUGAGUAGGUGUGUCCAAACUUUUGACUGGUACUGUACCUUUUGAUCAUUCAUCUGUGCCAACUUCACGAGGCCAACCAGCCAACACCAUUGUAAUUUCCUUUUUAUAACCAUGAAUGUUUGUCGACCCAUUGAGAUUAGGUCAACUGCACAGUAUGACUCAUUUGAGAGCUUAAUGAAGGUGACUAUUUCAUAAA